AUGCCUGCUCCAGUCCACAAGAUAUACCCAAUAUCUGUUCUCCUACCUGUGGCUCCGACUUCAGCGACGGCAUUUGUCAAGAAAACCGCUAGUUCCUGUCACGACCGUGUCGCAACCCGGUACCUCGGACGAAGCGCCGAUGAAUCCUUGAUGGGCAGAACUUCUCUUGCUCAUGAGAUGAAGGGUUCUCCUGCUCCCUCCACCAGAGGCUCGACUCCUUCCACCACUCGGCGCAGCUCUUCUCGUGCUUCUCGCAAAGCCACUCAAGAGCCAGAUUCGGCCUCCUUCCAGCAAUCUCGCACUGCUUACUCUCUUCCCUCCACUCCCAUUACUUCCUCUUUCGAGGACGCCGCAUCAGGCAAGUUGCGCAGCAGGCGACGCUCUCUCAGUUACAGCGAGAAACCAUCGGACCCAAACGCGCGUACUGGGACCUCAGGUUUGAGGCACGCCGCCGACUUGUCGGAUGUGCCGAGCAGUGUGUCAAAGAAGCGUCGUAGUCGUACGCGAGAUACCGCCAACGGGGACGCUGCCUCGACCACGGCUUCUGAUAUCUCCCGAGCUCCCACUCCGACUUCUUCUGCUGCAAUAUCUAAUGGUCAGCCGGAGCAGCCUCGAUCGACUAUUGUUCGACUAAAGCACCGUGGGGCUGCAGCCUCACAGACUGGACGGACGGACUCAGCUCAAAGCGGGCUUAAAUCCAAAGAACCAUCACCCGCCCGAUCCUCUGCAUCCACGAGGCGCAGGCCUCGACAGUCUAUGCCGGAGAACAUCAACGGUACUCGAUCGGGCACGUCUACUCCUCGGUCCGCCACCCCUCAAUCCUCGCGCAAAGAUUGGGACCAAUGGCCGUUUCUCAACAGGCCAUGGAUCCCUCAACCACACCGCACCCCAAACCUCCACCGGCCGCUGCCACUUCUUCUGUCUCUAGAAUGGCAAAGAAUAAUGCUCUGGAGCACUAGCCGGUCCAGCCCGAAUAAUAGGUCGUCGACUAGAACUCGCCGCCGUAAUCGCCAGUCUACCACUACCGCUACACCUGCCUUGUCAGACAAGGGCAAAGAGGCCUCGCAGACCGCAAUCGUCUCUGACGGCGCUGACAGCCACAAAGCUGGGUCUGCAAGCAAGGGCUCCACCGACACCGAAUCGACAAAGAAACCUCGAAAGAGUAAUAUGGUCACUCUUACCUUGAGCCGCAAGGCGCUGGAAUCCGUCCUGUCCAAACCCAAACCUAUGGAGCAAGUUUCCUACAGCCCCGAGAUCGCCGACAGUGUCGAGGCGACUCCAGUCCAUCUCUAUGACAACAGCUUCCACUUCGAUUAUGACACCGAAAUGUACCGCAACAACUACGGGUUAGACGGGCAAAUGGACCCUCCUGCCUCUCCCACUAGCUUUUCUACGACCACCUCGGCGGCGGCGCGCACCUCGGGCCGGACCCGGAAGCCCACCAUCAGAGCUUUGGAAUCUUUUGAGUCUGAGAAGAAAUUCCGGCGCAACCGCACUCGCACUCCCAGGCCUUCCGGUGAGGGCACUCAGUCACAAAGCAGCAACAGAGCGAAAUCUACCCAGCUGUCCGAUACGGCGUCAGGCCAACCCACUCCCGCGCCAUCUAGCCAGCAACUAGAUGUGAUUGAUCUCGCUCGAAGACUGAUUGAGAUGGCGUCUACUGCCGUUCAGACCGACUCCCCACCAAACAAGAAAGCCAAAACUUGGCUCAAAGAGCUGCGAGAGAAAUACAGGCGUGAGAAAGAAAGAGGAGAGCCAACUUCAGUUGCUGGGGACGCAGGAAAGGCGGGAGGAGAAAGUAUGCCAUCACCUCCUAACCAUCCAUCUACUGUUGGUAACGCUUCGAGUUCGUGGACUGACAAGGAUGGUUGGACGCACGCAGGCCAAUUCAAUGAAUUUGGGGAAGAACUCCUCGGCAUACCUGUAGGCUAUACCUGGGUCAGACCAAACAACACCUACGGAGAUGAUGCGCUGCCUCAGCCGCCUAUCCGGCUCAAGUCCUGCGAGCAGAUCGAAAAGGACAAGAUCUAUGGCUUCCCGCCUCGCAUUGGUGAGCGCAACUUGCCGCGUGAUAUGGAUAGUCCUUUUUUCGUGGAGGACGUUGACGAGGAAAAGGCUAAGAUCAAAGCUCGCGAGGAAGCCCGGAAGAGGGGCAUUGCCACGAACCGGUCUAUGUCGGUGGGUGAUAUUGAGGCUUUGAUCGCCCAGCACGAUUCUCCAGCGUCCCCACAGGCCUCCAACAUGCGUUCGGAGGCUAAACACCGGAAAGAUGCGAAACCAAAGGAGUCUCGCAAGCGUCGACGACGCACUGAUCCGGUCAUUGAAGAGAAUCUGAAUGGGUCCGUUCCGGAGACCCCGGACGACAGUCGACCAAAAAGACGCCGCAAGACCGUUACAGGACCGACUGCACCGAGUCCUGCGCCUCAACCCACCCCUGCAUCCAAGCUUAACCCCACGCCGCGUUCUCAAAAAAGGGUUAAGGAUGGGAAACAGAGUAAAACUGGGUCCGAGGCGGUGGGGGAAAAGACUGCCGCCGAACCUCCCAAGACAAAGGAAAGGAAGCCUGCAUCCCAGCUCAAAAUCAAGGAGCGCAAAACUGUGGCGGAGACCCCAAAGACAAAACCAAGCAAAGACAUGUCCGGCAGUACGAAAGUAAAAGUACCCAAGAACGCGCCUGUACCUCCGUCGGAGCACAAAACCGGCGGCAGUGCUGCAAACGACGCUGAGGCCCCGAAAAAGCGUCGGCGGCGGCGUAACAAGCCCCUCGUCAAACUUAGGAUCCUCCCUCCGAAGAAGGAGGAGCAGAACGACGCAAACAAGGCGGGGGAACAUGCCAAAGAAUCGAAGAAGCGCCCACAUUCUGAGGUUGAAAGUGGCGGCACGGAAGAAAGGGCCCGGAAGAGCCCCAAGCUCGAUGAGCCGAAACCAUGGCCUCAGAAGAUCAAAAUCAAGAGGCGCUCGCCUGAAACGAACAAGCCGAAGCCGGAUGAAGGCAAACCCAACGGGGCGCCAUCUACACCCGAGACCCCAUCGGCGAUUCGCGAAAACCCGUCUGCCGGUGAAUCUCAUCAGAACGAAACGCCCAGCGGUCGUCCUCGUCGGGCUGCAGCGGCCGCCAUGAUGGCCGGGUCUAAACAGAGCGCGGAAGAGCGAGCCCGCAAAGCCCGACGCCGCAGCCGGAAAUCCACGGGGAAGGAAGUCAAUGGUCCUGACCCGAGGACGCCCGUGUCCACCAGAGAUGAAUAG